GUCACAGUGCAAAGUGAUAAGCUGAGCAGUCACAGAAGGGACACAGAGCCUAAGAGUGUGAAGGGACAGAGAGAGAGUGGCAAGGGACACUUGGGGGCAGUGGACAAGGCAGAGAGACAGGUGGGACCAGAGGUGCUCAGACCAUGGCUGAAGCCAUUACCUACGCAGACCUGCGGUUUGUGAAGGCUCCCCUGAGGAAGAGCGUCUCAAACCGGUUAGGAAAGGACCCAGAGGAUGAUGAAGAUGGGGAAAUCACUUAUGAGAAUGUACAAGUGCCCUCAGCCCCAAUGGGGCCCCCGAGCUUGGAUCCCUAUGGACUAGGAGACAAAGCAGGGGUCAAGUCAGAACAGCCAAUUAAGACCUGGAGCUCGGUGACGUCACCAGCUGCCGGGCUAAAUCUCCCGGGCUGCGCAGCCUGCACUCAAUACCUCCUCCUUGGCCUGCUCCUCACCUGCCUGCUCUUAGGGGUGGCCUCCAUCUGCUUCGGAGUGCGCUAUAUGCAGGUGUCUCAGCAGCUCCGGCAGGUCAAUAACGUUCUCGAAGCCACUAAUAGCAGCCUGCAGCAGCAGCUCCAUGUAAAGAUAACCCAGCUGGGGCAGAGGGAGCAGGAUCUACAGGAGUCCCGGAAGGAGCUGGCCCAGAGUCAGGAAGCACUACAGGCGGAACAAGGGGGUCACCAGGCUGCUGAAGGGCAGCUACAGGCCUGCAAGUCUAAUAGGGAGAAGACAGAGGAGACCUUGCGGCAUGCAGAGGAGCAAAGGAGCAUCUUGGAGCAGAGGAUAAGAAGCAUACAUGACACUCUGAAGCCCUUCUUCACAUGCGUCUCACAAGAAACUUGCUGUCCCGUGGGAUGGAUACUGAACAAGAGAAGCUGCUUUUACUUCUCAUCUACCCGGAGAAAUUGGGAGGAUAGCCAAAGUCAUUGUAAAUCUCUGUCCUCUGACCUGGCCCAAUUCAAAGACUGGUAUUAUACACACUCUCCACACCUCGUCUCUUUGACUCUCCCUCAGGGUUCUUUCUCCGUUUCCUUACGUCAGGUGUUCUCACGUGAUUAUGUAAGUAAUUCAUAUUGGAUUGGCUUUGACGUUAAUAAUAACUGGAAGUGGACCGAUGAUACAUCACACUAUGGGACAAGUAAGCGAAACUCUAAAUGUCCUAAGGCAGAAAAGGUAACAUGGGUAGCAGUACAGUCAGAGACAUGUAUGACUCGUCUUCCCUGCAUCUGUGAGAAGGCAGCUUUCAGGUAUCCAGAUGAGGAUGACUGAUUGCACUGAGCUGGAUACUCAUGCCAACAAGAGCCUGUGUCCCUCUUCCUUAACCUGUGGCCUGUGGGUCCAAAGAUGAUCUCCCUCCAGCAUUCCCUCACUCUGCCUGGGCAGUGCCCUGGCAAGGGGUGAUCCACAUUGAGCACUUCUAGGCAGCCUGCUGCCUGCUUGGAAACCUAGCCCAGAAAAGUGGACUGUGCCUGGGAAGAGGGCGAAGAAGCCUCUAAAAGGGACUUUGGCCUCCCCAAGAAACCCCCACAGUGGAGUGGAGGGGGGCAGGGAGGAGGGCGCAUGGGCUGAGUGGAUAAGGGCAGCCCGGAGCCAGCCAGGCAGUUUUAUUGAAAUUCUUUUAAAUAA